ACAGGCUCUCGCGGCAGUGAUUGUCGCAGCACGGCACGCUCACAGUCUGCUCUUCAGCGCUGCGUGCACCAGCGACUGGUUUCUCAGACAGAUGAUUCAACCGAUAUAACUUUUGAACUCUUUUUCUCAUGGUUACAAGCAUGGCAUUUUGUCACUUCACUCUUUUGUUUGGUCUCUCUCUGACGUGGGUGUGUGUUCUGAGUUACAAUUUGGACGUGAAGUCAGCGGUUUUGUUUCAAGAUCCAAGGGGACCGAAAACGAGGAGAAGCUAUUUUGGCUUCUCUGUGGUUCUGCUCAAUGGCACCUCUUCUGGAUCAUGGCUGCUGGUCGGGGCACCGCGCGGGAACUCCAGUGCUGCCGCGCACCAGGGCAUAGUGGAGCAAGGCGUGCUGUUCAAGUGCCCCAUGCAGCCGCGCCCGCACAACAAGUCGUGCGAGCAGUACGUGCUGGACGCCUCAGGAAAUGACGAGAGUCCAGCUGAAGUUGGAAUAAGUUAUCAUGACCACAAGGAUGGAGCAUGGAUUGGGGCAGCUAUGGACAUACACAGCUCAGGGGAUGAUGCUGAAAUUAUAGUAUGUGGUCAUCGCUGGGCAAAUGAAGUUGGUAAAAAAAGUUCCCAUAAUUAUUUCAUGUUGGGAAUCUGUUACAUAAUAUAUGCCAAGGACAUUUACGAAAGUGAUGGAAAUGAUCGUGGAGGAACCAAAACAUUUUUGGUUUCACCUAAAGAUGAAAUGAUAUUUUUUCCUCAAAAAGACAGGAUGGCUUAUUAUUAUGGUCAGGCACAAGUGGGUAUGUGUGUGCAUUAUGCAGAAACAGAGCAGGGAACAGUACUAUUAGCUGGUGCACCGGGUGUUUUAAACGGGCGAGGUGGCAUAAUGCUCAACAAACGAAAGUUCCAUAAAGAUACUGGAGGUCAGCAGCGUCGGAGGAGAGAUGCAAAUGGAUUUUGGGCGUAUGAAGAAAAAGCACAAAAUAUUACAUUUGCUUUGAAGUCAGUUGCAAAAUACUAUGAUUAUGUUGGUUACCAGGUUACUUCAGGGAAAUUCUUUCAAGGUCUUGACUCAUAUGUUGCAUCAGCUCCAAGAGCGGACACUCUUAAAGGAAAUGUGCAGUUGUUCUUGAUAACACCGCAGAACAGAGUGACCUUCAUGCGGUCAGCCAAAGUGUCUGGCACCCAGACUGGGGAACAUUUUGGGGCGAGCGUCGCGGUUGCCGACGUCAAUGGAGACCAUGCCCAAGACCUGAUAGUCGGGGCGCCGAUGUUUGCAAAGAAGUGUGAUGAAGGGAGGGUCUACAUUUACCACGGCAGCAGUGUCAAGCAAACUUUCGAACCUGCGGGCACCAAGGAUGGCUUCUAUGAAAAAGGCCGCUUUGGAACAGCAGUCGUUUCUCUCGGAGACAUUGACCAGGAUGGCUAUGAAGAUAUCGCAAUCGGAGCACCGUACGAGGGGGGUGGAAAAGUCUACAUUUACAACGGCAGUCCAACAGGUGUCAGGAAAGAUUAUAGUCAGCGUUUAAGUGCAGAAUAUUUUUCUCCUCAUCUAAGAGGCUUCGGAAUUGCUGUUUCUAAACCAGCGGACGUAGACAACAAUCAAUAUAGUGAUGUUGCCGUGGGAUCGUUCCUGUCGGACAAUGUCGUUCUUCUGAGAUCACAUCCAGUUGUGAAGCUUCGUAUGCGCCUGACUUCCGACUCGAAAUACCUGCACGUCGAAGAUACCAACUUCACCGCUCGGCUGCAUUUGUGGUUCGAGGGUCAGCAAGUGACUGACGUAGAUGUCAACUACAAUGUGACGAUUGAUGGGAAACUUAAGCGUGGAUAUUUACUAGAUGGCAGUGUAAAAUUAACCACUUACAAGGACACUCUCAAACUGGAGAGUGGAGUCAAUUAUACUCGUGAAAUAGUGGUAAAACUGGAUGGAAGUAAAUAUGAAACGAAGGGUUUCCUGGAGCCAAUUGAGAUUUUAAUUUCUGCAGAUCUCCAUACGAAUGAGGGUGAAAUGGAAAGAGAAAAUGGCGAUGAUUUCAAGAAACUCUUACCUGUUCUCCACAAAUACGACAGUGAAAAGAGUUACACAUUGCAGGUGCCAUUGUCUGCAGAUUGUGGCAAAGGUGACUGUUACUGUGAUUUGGAACUGACUACUCACUUGAAACAGUUGAGCAAUGGAGUGUUUGUGACCGGAUCUUCUAACACACUGGAUCUGGAGAUAAUCGUUCGGAACAAAGAAAACACAGCAUUCCUGACAAAAGUGUGCAUCAUGCUGCCAUCUCCUGUUCAACUUGAAAGCAUCCCUAAGAACUGCUACGAGCCUCAAACAUCAAACAUGCUCAACAGUAUUAACAUGACAUGCGACGUUGCAAAUGUGAUGACAAAGGACAUGACGGAAACAGUUACUGUACGUCUCGACAUGACGCGUGUAACACAUGAUUUCAGCAUGUCUGUCAUUGUUACUACAGCAAUUGAGGACAAGAAUCCUGCAAAUAAUUUCAAGGAAAUAAUGGUCAAUCUUGUCACGGAAGCUGAUGUGACAAUUGUUGGAAAAGAUGAAAAUGGAGAGCAUGUUUAUAAUGGACAAUAUCCAAAUACUUCCAUAGUUCAACACAAGUAUGAGGUACAAAAAUUCAAACAGAGUACGGUGGACGAAGUGGAAGUGAGUUUCAAUAUUCCCUGGUUGUAUCACGUGGCGGGGCAAGCAGAUCCCAUAAAGUUGUUGGAGCUUUACGAGCCAGAGGCCACGCAGAACGACCGGCGGGAGUACGACCGGCUGAGGUGCCACUCGGACAUCCCGGAGUUCAAGCAGCGCUCGCCCGAGGAUGAAGCUGACGGCGGCGAGGCGGCGCGGUCCAAGCGCUCGGCCAAUGAGAGCUCGGCGGACGGCUCUCCCGCCACGCGGGCUCCCGCCGGCUCCCCCGGCUCCGUCCUUUAUCUCAACUGCAGCAGCAACGAGACCACCGGAGUCGAGUGCCGACACGUCAAGUGCCUGACGAGGCCGUUCACCAGCAAGCGCGUCAUAGCGAGGAUAACCUUGACCAUGGAGGUCAACGUUGCACGACUUGUUCCGCUUAUAGGCAAGAAUGGAAAAAUAGUGUUUUCAACUGAUGGAUCAGUGAACAUAACAAAGCCAGCAACUCUACCACAUGAAGCAAAUGAACUAACUGAUUAUGCUGCAGUGAACACAGCAUUCUACUUGUAUGCACCGCGAGAAGAAGUCCAUACAAAAGUUUACAUUCUUGCAAUAAUUGGAGGAAUUUUUCUGUUGCUUCUACUCAUAUUAGGUCUUGUGAAGGCUGGAUUUUUCAGAAGAAAAACUAAAGAAAAGUUACAAAGUUUGCUUGCUGAGAAUGCAGAAGAUUCAGCAAAUGUUGACGGUAGUAGAGACAAUAAUGCUUCUGCUAUUGAAGAGAACUAAGUAAUAUCAGUUAUGUACCAUAGUAAAAUAAAAUAAAGUCCUCAAUGAUCAUCUUAGGGUCUGAGCAGAUUAUAAGUUACAUAUGUACAUAUUGAAAUUGUAAAUUUUUUACAAAGUUACAAUUAAAAGAUAAUCUACUACAAAAUUUACAAACAA